GUGAGAAUCAGAGGCGGCAUAAGUGAAGAAAAGGUGUCAAGAUGAAGCUCAAAGGUGAGUUUGUGGCAGAUCCGAACAUGAACAGACCUGAGAAACCAUUCUCUGUGUGUGUGGCGUUGCUGUGCGUCAGAGGGCAGCAAGCGCCAGCCUCUCGGCCGCAAAUACAAGGUUGGUAGGGGAUGCCUACGCUCAUCGGUUGUACUUCCCCUCACUCACUGCUUGGUGUUUCUCCCCUCCGUCCCUUUGCGUCAGAUCCAGAAGAAGGCCCGCGAGCACACCCGCAAGAUGCGCAAGAUCGCCAAGACGGCUCCCGUCAAGAAAUGUGAGCAUGUGACGUCAGCACCCACGUGAAAGAAAACACACACACGCAACUGUGCAUGUGUGUGUGUGUCUGGUUGUUGUGCAGCGAAGCGAAAGGAGUCCGGGAUCCCCAACAACUGGCCGUUCAAGGCCGAGUGGCUGCGGCACAUACAGCAGCAGCGGGAGCGGGACGCCCAAGAGAAAAAGGAGAGGCGCGAGGCGCUAAGACAGCAGCAGAUCGCCUUGAAGGAGCAAGAGAAAUCGGCCUCCAAGAAGGGCAGCCGUGCUGCCGCUGGUGCUGGUGGUGCGGCUGCCGAUGAAGAGGACGAGUGGGAGGACGUCCCCGAUGAUGACGACGAUGGUACGUUUGCUUCCACAAGCUCACAUACACACACAUUGAUUGAUGCGUGUGUGUGUAUGUGUGCAUUCAUUGGUCUGUCUGUCUGUCUAUCUGCAGAUGUCAUCGAUGAGGAGAUGGAUGACGAGCCAGCGCCCAAGCGGAAGAAGACGUCCAGAGAGCAGACAGGGGCAGCCGGCAAGAAGUCCGCAUUGCCGCCAUUCGCCGACCCCAGUGGGGCCGCAUUCAACGUCACCAAGGGGUGGGUGGGACAGUCACAUCUCGUCACGCGUGUGUAUCAACCAAAGUGCCUUCUCGGGUUCGUUCGUUCGUUCGUCAGGGUGACGUACGAGAUGUUGGCGGCCGACGCAGCGCAGCGACAGGGCCUCUUCGGCCCUGCAGGAGCCGGACCACAACCAGAGGCACAGACCAAGACAGCAGGUGAGAGGAGAGAGGCCACGUGCACACACCAAUGACAGCAGCCACACAGCCGGCAUGGCCCCCCUGCAUUCGAUCAGACUACCGGGGCGAGUCUUCUCGCAAGAGCUGGUACAAAGAUCUGCAGAAGGUGGUGAAUGAGAGCGACAUCGUGGUGGAGGUGCUCGAUGCGCGUGACCCCAACUCGUGUCGGUGUCGCGAGCUGGAGCGCAGCAUCGUGGCCCAGAGCAAGAAACUCGUGGUCGUACUCAACAAGAUCGACCUCAUUCCAAAGUGCGCACGCACACACACACACAGACACACCCCUCUACCUCGCUGCGCGUGUCUGUGUCUGUGUGUGCGUGUGCAGAUCGGCGCUUGAAGCGUGGCUUAAGUAUCUGAGACGUGAGUACCCCACAAUUGCAUUCAAGGUCAUCACACACCUUCGCGCACACACAACCAGACAGAGAAGCCCACUUGUCCACCGUCCGUGUCAUCCCUCUGUCUGUCUUUCAGGCCGCGUUGGGCGGUGAUAAAGUUCGUCACGCCAAGACAUCGGCACAGCAGGCGUCAGACGCACUACUCAAGUGAGUAACUCACCCCCCCCCCAUCCAUCCAUCCAGAGAGCACCCGAUCGACCCCUGAGCCUCUCUGUUCGUGUGUGUGUGUUUGUGUCUCCAGGAGUGGGAGUGCGGUGGUGGGUGCGGACGCGUUGAUGCAGCUGGUCAAGAACUACGCCCGCACGGGCAGCAGCAACGUGGCCAAGAGCAAGCAGUCCAUGUCGGUGGGCAUCAUCGGCUACCCCAAUGUGGGCAAGUCCUCCAUCAUCAACUCGCUCAAACGCGCCAACAACGUCGUCAAGGUAACCGCCACGAGGCGGCGUGUGUAUGGGUCUGUCUAAUGGUGUGUGCCAUGUGGCGUGUGUAGGUUGGCGCUGAGGCGGGUGUGACGAGGGGCGUGCAGGAGGUGCAGCUGGAUGCUAAGGUGAAGCUCAUCGACUCGCCGGGGGUGGUCUUCGGCAAAAACGAAAACGACCCCAGCACCGUCCUGCGAAACGCCGUCAAGGUGCGGCUGCUCAUGCGCACCGCACCUGGCCAAUCCGUGUUUGUACGUGUGUGUGUGCUGCUGACCGCAGAUAUCGUUGGUCAAGGACCCCCUGACCGUUGUGGAGGCUCUGCUGCAGCGAUGCCCAAAGCCGUCGCUCAUGAAGUUCUUCCAAGUACACACCACACCAUACCCACGGAGAACACUGGCUGGCACAGACACAAAUGAAUGAAUGAACCCGACCCAUGUGUGUGUCUGUGUGUGUGCAGGUGCCCGUGUAUGAGGAUGCGUCAGAGCUGCUCGCCGAGGUGGCCCGGGCCAGAGGCAAACUCAAAAGGGUCAGACACCACACACACACACACACACAUAUGCACACACACAUGCACACGUGUCUCUUCUCCCUCCCUCCCGCACACACACACACGCAUCCAUGACUGACAGGGCGGCAGUCCGGACAUCGAUGCCGCGGCGCGUCACGUGCUGACGGAGUGGGUGUCGGGCAAAAUCAGAUACUACACUAUGCCGCCACAUGAACAGCCCAGCGAGGUACCUACACAUCAAAACACAGCCACGCACGACUUGCAACCGCGAAUCUUCUUGCUGUCUGUCUGUUCAUCCAUUCAUCUCAUCUCUUGUGUGCGUGCAGCAUGAGCACGCCGAGAUCGUGUCAUCGUGGGGGGCGGAUUUCAACAUCGACGCCAUCUUCGCGCAGAACGACGCUGAGAUGAGAGACCAGGAAAUGGAGGCCACGUCAUCCUCCUCGCAGCACACCGUCGCAAGUGAGGGAGGCAACAUUCCUCCCUCCCUCCCUCUCUCUCACACGUACUUCUUGUUGUCAUGUCGGCGUUCAGUGGAGCUGUCUUCUGCUGGGUUUGGCGACGCAAUGAUGGACCAUGAUGGCCCUGCUGCUGCUGCUGCUGGUGUGGGCGAGUUCCUCAUGGACGACCGCCGGCACUCAGACAAGAAGGGCAAGCGCACAGCAGCAGCAGCAGCAGCAGGGGAAAUGAUGACGGACGGCCCAUCGUCAUCGACACCACAGCCGAGACGAGGCACCGAGGCUGAUUUCGACAUCAAGGUACGGGAGCAUCUGAAGGCUGUGCGUAUUCAACACACUUGUAGUCUAUGUCCAUGUGUGUGUGUGUGUGUGUGUGCAGAAGAAGCGGCGUCGCUCUGUGUUGCGUGGAGGCGACGAGCUGUCAAAGCUCAAGAGCCCAGCCAUCCCGCCCAACAUGAAAAGGGUCGAGAAGCAGGUCAGUUCGGACACACAUCGAUGGCGGCUUUGUCUUCCUUGUUCAUCCAUCCAUCCAUCCAUCCAUCCACACGUCAGAUGCGCAAGAACCGUCGUCGCGAGAAGGCCCGUGCACUCGAGGACGAGCAGAACCGAAUGACGGACGACUCUGGACACACUGCAGCCAUCUCACACACGGCAGCUGCCGGCAAGGGCAAGGGCGGCAAGAAGGGCGGCAAGGGGACGGACGAGGACAUUAUCAUGGCCUAGCAGUCAUAGCCGUGUGUUGUGUUGCAUGGUGUUUUGGGGCGGCUGUGUUGUCUAUUCGUGGUUCGUUCCUAUGUGAGUGGUGAGGUUGGUGACCCACGUGUGAUGGCGAGAUCCGGCGGUGCAGCUCUUCGCCGUCACGUAGAGGUUGCCGACCUUACCACUCACAGGGGAUGGGAUGACACCCUGGCACGUUUGUCGGUACUUGGCUCCGGCUUUGGUCGGUGUGUGCGAUUGAGUGAGUGCUCCUGAGUGCUGGUGUGAGAAGGGGAUGACGUACCCCAAGGUGUCUUGUGUUGACCCACAAGAUGUCCUUGAGGUAUGUCACGGCCCUCCGACACACACGCACUUUGAAGCACAGUGUGCACAGACGGCACAGACAGACACAUACUUGUGGACGGGACGGUGGAUCGGUGGGUGUGUGGGUGGGUUUGAAAG